GCACUGCACUGCAGUCCGGCAGGAGCGGUAUCGAAGUGCCGCGACCUCGGGGGGCGACCCAGGGGGGGGGCUGGAGGGGGGCUCGAGGGGCCCCAUGGCGCAGGGAGGAGGGGGGGCGGGGAGGCGGCCCCGCGUGCUGCUGGGAGCCACGGGCAGCGUCGCAUCGGUGAAGCUGCCGCUGCUGGUGGCUCGCCUCCUCGCUCUGCCCCAGCAGCCGGAGGUGCGUGUGGUGUGCACGGAGCACGCGAAGCACUUCUUUGCACCGGAGUCACUGCCAGUCCCCGUCUACAGCGACGCCGACGAGUGGCAGACAUGGACGCGUCUGGGUGACCCGGUGCUCCACGUGGAUCUGCGCCGCUGGGCCGACCUCCUGCUCCUCGCCCCGCUCGACGCCAACUCCCUCGCCAAGGUGGCCGGCGGCCUCUGUGACAACCUGCUGAUGUGUGUGGUGCGAGCCUGGGACCGAGACCGCCCGCUGCUCUUCUGCCCGGCGAUGAACACGCACAUGUGGGAUCACCCGCUCACGGGCGCCCACACGCGCGCGCUGCGCCAGCUGGGCUAUGAGGAGGUGGCGUGCGUGAGCAAGACCCUCGCGUGCGGAGACACGGGUCUGGGUGCCAUGGCGGAAGUGGACACCAUUGUGCAGGCAGUUCAGACUCACCUGAGAGCCUCUCUCACCACACCUGAGCCCACACGGGAACCCGGGUCUACACAGGAACCUGGGUCUACACAGGAACCUGGGUCUACACAGGAACCCGGGUCUACACAGGAACCUGGGUCUACACAGGAACCCGGGUCUACACAGGAACCUGGGUCUACACAGGAACCUGGGUCUACACAGGAACCUGGGUCUACACGUACAAUAUAAAUUACCCGGGUCUACACAGGAACCCGGGUCUACACUGGAACCCGGGUCUACACAGGAACCCGGGUCUACACAGGAACCCGGGUCUACACUGGAACCCGGGUCUACACUGGAACCCGGGCCUACACAGGAACCCGGGUCUACACAGGAACUUGGGUCUACACAGGAACUUGGGUCUACACAGGAACCCGGGUCUACACUGGAACCCGGGUCUACACAGGAACCCGGGUCUACACAGGAACCUGGGUCUACACAGGAACCUGGGUCUACACAGGAACCUGGGUCUGCACUGGAACCCGGGUCUACACAGGAACCUGGAUCCAUCCAUGAUUCUGUAUCCAAUACCUGAACUGCUUAUAACGUAAGAUUGCUUAUAUCUUCAAAUUAAAACUGAUUAGGGAUGAAACCUUGGAUACGCGUGGCAAAGACCCAACGCUUCAUAUUCACGCAGCAGUCCUCUUCGUAAGCACGACAUUGCUUAAUUAAUAAAACAGCCAUAACAGAAGGCCUUCAGGGCUAAACUGCG